AGUCUAACUGGUCGCAAUAAGUUCAAUUUGCUCAUGUAAAAUUUGGUAGGUUAUCAUACAUAAGCACAGCCUAGACAUGUUUGUCAUGAUACCCUUGUCUGCAGGGCUUAUCUAGAACUGACUGCGACACCAAACUCAAUCCUGCCCACAGCAACGUAUUGUGUUAACAAAACCGGACACGAACGAAGCCACUCCUUAACGUCACAUAAAUUAAAUUUGACGACAUAAAAUUUGGGCUUAUCUAGAACUGACUGCGACACCAAACUCAAUCCUGCCCACAGCAACGUAUUGUGUUAACAAAACCGGACACGAACGAAGCCACUCCUUAACGUCACAUAAAUUAAAUUUGACGACAUAAAAUUUGGGCUUAUCUAGAACUGACUGCGACACCAAACUCAAUCCUGCCCACAGCAACGUAUUGUGUUAACAAAACCGGACACGAACGAAGCCACUCCUUAACGUCACCAUAAAUUAAAUUUGACGACAUAAAAUAAAUAGGCCAUUCAUUCUGACAGUUGAACCUAUUUUCAAGCUACACCGGGAUUUUCCAGCGAGUUGUGUGAAAAGGAUGAGCCAAAUGUCACUAAAAUGGCCAGUUGUAACGUUUCCAGCCAUUUGGUGGUUGACGUACUAGAAAAAGAUGCUCAUCUUCUUCGUGACUGCGCCCGUCUUAUUAAUACCUUGCGUAUUCCGGAAGUCAAAAUUGUGCAAGUUCUGUCAAGCUACAAGCUUGGAGUUGCCACGAGUUACGAUGUAUUUAAAGCUAUAAUCGAUAACUGGGUCGAAAUUGACGGUGAAGCGGCCACGCUCGGAAAACUUGGAGAGAUUCUGAAAGAGAUGAACUUUUUGAGAUUGGCAGAGUAUAUCCUGAAACUUGGUGAUCCGAAAACUCAAAUCGUAGCUCCUCCAAAGCAACAACCAACUAAUUCCAUCGAUAUAUCCCAAGAAGACAAAUCGUUCAACAUUAGCCCUCCAAUUAAGACAUUCGUAGGACGGGAAGACGAAAUUGUACAGCUUAAGGAUUACUUCAAGGAAAAGAGGACCUGUGUAGUUACCAGCGCAAUGGGGGGUCAAGGCAAGAGUCAACUUUGCAAAAAAUUUGUAGAACGAAUUCAAGAAGAAAACUCGUCCCAAAUUGUGACCUGGUUCCAAGGUGACACUUAUGAUCAACUCGUCACCUCCAUCUCCGAAUAUGCGGAACGACUUGACUUGCAGCUGAAAGACUGCUAUGGAAAACGCAUCCCAGCAAACAAACUUAUAAAAAAUAUUGGAGCCAAGUUAUUACCCAAAAAAUUCCCUUGGCUUGUUGUGAUUGAUAACGUUGAUUCUGAGUACGAUGGGUUUCCUGAAGUGGUCCAAGAAUUCACAGAUUUAUCAGCAUCCGUGCUAAUUACUACCCGAUGUGCUAAAAUUCUGCAUGGAGUAACGGAGCAACUCAAGCUAAAAUCUUUGUCCGAUGAAGAUGCUUAUAAGCUGGUACACAAUGCCCUUAAAAAUGUCGACCAUGCAGAUGUCCAGCUACUUUGUAAAAUGUUGGGAAAUCAUGCCUUAGCAUGUGCACAGGCCGUGGCUUAUAUUCGUGCUCAGCAAAAUUGUUCCACUGCAGGAAAAGGGUACAAGAUUUCUGACUAUAUUGCCGAAUUUAACAAGGAUAAAGAAGAGCCUGUGAAGUACAAGUUGAAGUUAUAUUACGAUGAAACGAUCUACAUCGUUGUCAACAAAACAAUGAAAUAUAUCCGAGAGACAGAUGGACCUCAGGGUGAAAUGAGUCAGCAAAUAAUGGAUGUACUCUGUCUGGUUAGGCCAGAUGGAAUUGAGGUUCAAUAUCUGCACAAACUGGUGGGCCAAUAUGUCCUAGGGAAGCCUGGCCGCCCUAUGCAAUGGCCGGACAUUUUAGACAAAGUUGAAAAACUCGUGGACGACAGCAAGUGCAUACGCUUGAAAUAUUUUAAGGAUGGCUUAACCAGACUUCAAGAACUUUCCUUAAUCAGCGUGGAUUACGAGGUGGUUUCCGUUCAUCGAAUUGUUCAAAAAAUAGCCAAGAUAGACUCGAAAUAUGCUGGAGGGUAUAUUCUCAUCCCCAUUGUUGAGCUGGAAAACACAACAGCGCCAGAAUUGCGACACAUUAUUAGCAUUUGGGAGUCUAUAGUAAAUCAUGAUAAAGAGAGAGCAGUUUUUAGCAAAAGAUACAUGCCCCACCAAAUCUUUUCUCGUAUGAUAGAACUUAACAUGGUCACUGAGUUGGUGGCAUUUGCAAAAACAAACUACGAUUUACUAUCUACUCUGUUAGGGAAAGAAAGUAUACUCGCUCGUCGACUACAGUUUGAUAUUGGAUGGGCUUUGCGCGAAAUUGGGAAGUACCAGGAUGCCAUUGACAUGUUCGAGACGAUGUUAGCCACACGGACAAGAGACGAAAUGUCCGAUGAAAGAUUUUCAGAAGAAAUAGAAAGGUGUAUUUUCGUAGCGAAAGUUUACUUACGUGUGAUUGUGGGCAAAUCAGAUGAAAACAUUUUUGACAAUUUGUCACCGAUGUUGAGCAUGUUUUUAAACCAAUCAAUACGUUCGGACUCACUUGAUUUUGAAAAGCCUUUACAAAAAUUAGUGCAGAAACCAGAGAAACAAGAAGCGAUUGCACAUAGCAGUGGUGCCAAGGGUGAUGAAUGUGCCUCACCACUUGAGAAACAUAGGGGUAUUAUGACAGGCUGUAGACUAAUGAUGGCUGGCAAACAUUCAGAAGCUGUAACCAUCUUACGAGAGGAAUAUAUGUCAUAUAAAACAAAAUAUGGUGAAGAACACUGGAGAACACUUGGUACUAUGACCAUCUUAUCGUAUUGUCUGUGGAAGGCAGGAAAUAGAGAGGAGGCAUUGCAAAUUAUGAGGGAAGUAGUCACACUUGAUAAAACCGUUUGGGGUCCCGACCACCAUCACACUCUCCUAAAGAUUGGAAUACUCCAUCAGUGGGAAGCAGAGAUGGCCAUGACAAAUACCAACUAACACACCGACAUUUAAAUUUUUUUGGUGUCAGACUAACCAUGAGAAAUUCGAUUAUUAUAUUGAUAUGAGAAUACAAUUUUUAAAUCAUUUAUAUUUGUAUGCAUCCAUUGUGGAAUUGCAUAACAAAUAAAUUCCUGUAUAGUUAAGUCGUACAUAAAAUACAUAUGUACAUAUCUCCGUAAUUAUUGUCUUAAAUCUAAAUCUAACUGAAAAUAUAAUCAAUUUCACCACAA